GCCAAUAACCCUAAUAUAAAACGCGCUGAUUUAAAGGAUUUUAGAAAGUCUCAAGAACACAAUAUCCAGCAACUUUACAUCUCUUUCUUUCUCUAGAACUCUCCUCUAAACGCCACCGUUUCAACAACCAUGCCUCGCCGUAGCUCCGGUGGAAGAUCUGCUCCUAGGCCUGCUGCUCGUGCACCAGCUCGCAGCCCCCCACCACAAACAGUUAAUCAUGCUCCUCCUCCAGCUCCUGCCCAGAGCGGCGGCGGCGGAUCAUUGCUUGGAGGCAUUGGUUCAACCAUAGCUCAGGGUAUGGCUUUUGGUGGUGGAAGUGCUAUGGCACACAGAGCUGUAGAUGCUGUGAUGGGUCCUCGUACAAUUCAACAUGAAACUGUCGGCUCUGAUCCUGCCUCAGCACCCAUUGCUAGCAGUAUGGGUGAUGCUUGCAAUCUUCACUCAAAGGCCUUCCAAGAUUGCGUGAACAAUUUCGGAAAUGAUAUUAGCAAGUGUCAAUUCUACAUGGACAUGUUGUCCGAGUGCAGGAAGAACUCUGGUGCUACCUUAAGUGCCUAAGCGACGGUAUCUUCAUUCUUUGCCAUGCAAUUGGACCAUCAGCUUGAACUGCUCCUUUAUUUUAUUUUAUGUUUUAAGAUAUCUAUAAAGCUGUAUCCAUCUCUGGUUAAGGAUUUCAUGUCAAUAAUAUCUGUCCGGAUCUACUGAACAUGGACCUUUCAAGUGUUAUGAACUAAUUAGCAAAUUUUUUACGGUUGACAUUUUUUUGGAAAGCUUGUUUUAUCAGACUGGAUAAUUCAUAUUUGAAUAAUUGUCAUGGAUUAUGUGA